AUGUCCAACAGUACCAACACAUUUAACUCAGCAACUGGCAUAAGCCUGUUAAUUCUGAAGAUUUUUCUGGCAUUUUCUAUAGUGAUAGGAAAUGGCUUGAUUAUUAUGGCAUUUGUGGUGGACAAAAAUCUUAGACUUCGGAAUAAUUAUUUUUUCCUUAAUCUGGCCAUUGCUGACUUUUUUGUGGGUGCAAUCUGCAUUCCUUUACACAUCCCUUCUGACCAUACAAAUAAAUGGAGGUUGGAAAGUGAGCUCUGUAUAUUCUGGCUAGUUAUUGACUAUCUCUUGUGUACAACAUCAGUGUAUAACAUUGUCCUCAUCAGCUAUGACCGGUACCAACUAGUUUGCAAUGCUAUAUCAUAUAGAACUAGACAAACAUCGACCUCAAGGACAGUCAUUUACAUGGUAGCAGCAUGGGUGCUGGCAUUCCUAGUACAUGGUCCGGCGAUCCUACAUAGGGGCAUAGAUAGUAGCAAGGAUACAGAAUGUGAAAACCAGCUACUUUUAAAUCACUCUUACAUCACCAUCACUUCCAUCUUGGAGUUCUUGGUCCCGACCAUCUUGGUGACCUAUUUCAACUGUUGCAUCUAUCGGAGCCUACACAGUCGCAGUAGAGUCGGAGGCAGACCUGUUCCCACCCCUAACAUCCCUUCUCCAGUCCAAGGCAACUCAGUGACCUGUGCAUUCUUUUCAAAGAUGUGUCUUCCUAAACUGGAUGAAGAAGUUCCUUCCUCUUCUGUGAAAAAGUUGAGAAAGAAAAGCCUCUUUGCUUUUUUAAAAACCCAAGCAGAGGACAAAACAGCUUCUGUUGGAUUGUCCUCUUUAUCCCACUCAAAUUCUACGUCUGUUGACUUAACAGCUCAGCAUCGAAAAUUGCUCAGAGACAGGAAAGUGGCCAGGUCACUUGCCAUUAUUUUGGGGGCUUUUGUCUUUUGCUGGGCUCCCUACAUUUUGUUUACAAUUAUUCGUUCAUUUCGUAAGGAUGAAGAACGCAAUCCCUGGUAUACUUUUACAUUUUGGCUUCAAUGGUUUAAUUCCUUUCUCAACCCUUUUCUGUAUCCUUUGUGCCACAAAAAAUUCCGGAAUGCUUUCGUGAAAAUGUUUUGUAAGAAAAAGCUAACUGCUUCAUCACAGGUAUCAGUUUCUACUUAA